AUGAUAUUAUACUGCAUAAUUAUAAAUGGAAAGAAUUGUGACAGCAAUAAUCCUUCCAAGCAAGGUAUUCUUCUAUUUAAAAAGUAUAUAAAACAUAAUAGUAAAAAUUUUAUAAUACCCAUAUCUAAGCCUUGUUUAGCAAUAAGAAAGUUUAAAUCUUCUUUUUCUUAACUGAUAAAGGGGAUAUAGCGGUGUAAGAAUCCAGAAAACUAUAAAUAUAGAUGA